UUGAAUGAUAAGUAAGUAGAAGUGAAAUGUUUGAAAGUGUGGAAAAUCGGGGGAACACUACAUACACAAUUCACAUUUGAAAUUUGGAACCAUUUUAUUCCGUUGAUUCAUAAUGGCAGAAGCAAGUGAACUCCGCAGUCGAAUUUCACAGAUUCACAAAUUCAUCCAAGAAGAAGAAGAAUCAAACCCUUCAGAUUCCCAAGAUUUACUCCGCGAAUGUGCUCUUCAUGUUCAAAACACAGUGGAACAAAUUGUUUCCGAAUUCUCUGAUCUCGCUUCUUUACAAAAUUCAGAUUUCGAUGCUUACAUAGAGCAUUUCGAAAAGGAACUUAACAACGUACAAGUUGAAUCCACCAAUGUAGCUAAAGAGAUUGAAAAUCUCGCGAAAACUCGUAACGAUGAUUCUAUUCUUUUGGAGGCUAAACUUGAAGAGUUGGAAUGUUCUUUGAAUUAUAUUACAUCGGAGGAGCAGAUAAAUGCUGAGGCUAAUGAGGGAAUUGUUUCUCCAAUGCUGGUAGACACCGACAUGAAUCUCGGCGAAAAUUUGGAGCAAUUGAAACUUGAGAAUAAGGUUGAUGAAAUGAAGUCAAUUCUGAAGGCCAUGGAGUCUUUUCAUUGUAAGUUCAAAUGGUUUGAUGCUUUAGAGCAGAUUGACAAUGCAUUGACAGGUCUAAAAGUGAUUGGAAUUGAUGAGAAUUGCAUUAAGCUGUCUUUGCAGACCUAUAUGCCAACGGUAGAGGGCAUUUCAUGCCUACAGAGAGUUGAAGAUACCAUGGAUGCAUCUGUCCUGAAUCACGAAUUAUUGAUUGAAGUGUUGGAGGGGACUAUGACGUUAAAGGAUAUUCAGGUUUUUCCAAAUGAUAUAUACAUGGAUGACAUUGUUGAUACUGCAAAGUCUGUCAGCAAGUCCUCAUUGCAAUGGUUAAUACAAAAACUGCAAGAUAGAAUUAUACUAAGCACACUUAGGUGUCUUGUGGUAAAGGAUGCUAACAAAUCAAGAUAUUCUCUUGAAUACAUUGACAAAGAUGAGACCAUUGUAGCUCAUUUGGUUAGAGGAAUUGAUGCAUACAUAAAGUUGUCUCAUGGUUGGCCAAUAUUUGGUUCUCCGUUGAAGCUAAUAUCAAUCAAGGGAUCAGAUAUUUUGAAGAAAAGUUCAAGUUUUCUAUGCGAAGUAGAGAAUUUGGCCAACUCUUUAGAUACUCAUACUCGGAAAAAUAUACUGGGCUUCGUUGAUGCUGUUGAAAAAGUUCUUAUAGAGCAGUUGCAGCUUGAUCCUAGAGCCGGUGAUGGUUCUGGCUAAGGAUGUGCUCACAACCUCGUUGCUCAUUAUGUAUACCACCAAAAUCUGUAUGUUCGAAGUUCUGUAUCUUGUCCUCACAUUCACUUUUUUAUUUGCUGAAGCAAGUAUUAUAAUUAUCUUGUUAAGAUGAUUUACUGCAAUUUAGACAGGAAGCUGACAUGCUGAACUGGUAUAUGUAAGAUUCAAGUUGUCAGGAUCAGUUAAUCAGAUGUUGUGAUAGAAUUGAAAAUUUUACAUGAUUAAUCCCAUAGAUCAUAAGAAGUUCAUAUUUUUAAAA